GAUCAUGAUGUGGACAUGGAUGAAGAAGAGGCGUUCUUGAGAAAGACUUCAAUAGGCCAUUGGUGGGAGGACUGUGGAGAUGAUGGCAACUGUGACCCACAGCAUCAGAGAGGACGGAGAGGCUGUAUGGUGAACAGCCUCAGUUGGGCCGAGGAGCUCCAGGAUAUCUUCGAACCACAGGCAGGAGACUGUUACAGUGGAGGGCAAACCAGACAAUCCAGCAUCUAUGCCCAGAGGAAUGAGAGAGAGUCCAUCAGGCAGAAACUUGCCCUUGGCAGUUUCUAUGACGACGAGCCCGUCAUCUACACCAGCUGCAGCAAGAACGGCCUCUCCUCCCGGCUGCAGAGCGGGGUGAACCUCCAGGUGUGUUUUGUCAAUGACAGCAGCAGCGACAAAGACAGCGAUGCAGAGGACAGCAGGACAGAGACCAGCCUGGACACACCGCUGUCCCCCGUGAGCAAGCAGAGCUCGUCUCUGUCGGACCGGGACACGGCGGAGGAGGACUCGGACCCGUUGGAUGACUGCGGGGGGUUCUGGCGGGUGCAGCGGAGGCUGCAGGAGGAGGCCCGAGUGGCGUUGGCUCUGGCUCGACCCAUGGCCCGCAUGCAGGUGGAAGUGGAGAGGCAAAUCCAACUGCACAGACGUUCACCUGUGGCCGACUUGCUUCCCCAUAUGCCCCACAUCAGCGAGUGCUUGAUGAAAAGGAAUCUGAGGCGAGGGGACAUGAGGGACAUGAGUCUAGGACAGCUGCAAGUCAUCACAAAUGACCUUCACUCGCAGAUUCAGAGUCUAAAUGAGGAGCUGGUGCAGUUGCUGCUGAUCCGGGACGAGCUGCAUGUGGAGCAGGACGCCAUGCUGGUGGACAUAGAGGACCUCACCAGGCACGCUCACAUACCGUCAGCGGCACCAGGCAGAGAAGGCCAUCUCCAAAUAAACCCCCCCCCUGUCUGCCACGCCGUCUACCUCUCCGCUCUAAAUGUUGUCAAGGGUCAGAGGACAUCCUAA